AUGAAGUUCUCUUUCCUUGCCUUGACGGCCAUCGUCCCAUUGGCCACAGCACACUUCAGGCUGAUCUAUCCCACGUCCCGCGGCUUCAAUUCGGACACUAUGACGAAAUUCCCCUGUGGUGGGAUGGGCCAAUCUUCCAAUCGUACUCAGCUUCCAUUGUCCGGUGGCUCAUUCCCCGUCGCUCUUGAGAUGCACCACGCCCAAACUGCCGUCGAGGUUCUCCUCGCCCUAGGCAACGAUCCCGGCGACCACUUCAAUAUUGUCCUUACGCCAACUUUCCAAGUCAACGGUCUGGGGGAGUUCUGCUUGCCUCAUGUUGAGAUCAAUGAGAAACUAAUCGGUCGUAAUCUCACCAAUGGAAUGAACGCUACCCUCCAGGUGCAGACCAACGGUGACCCAACGGGUGGCCUCUAUGCGUGUGCCGAUAUCCAAUUCUCUUCCAGUGUCACCUACCAGACACCCUCUACUUGUACCAACAAUACCAACCUUGCUGCCACUGCCUUCCCCAAGGACUCUGCUAGGCGCAAUGCCAACGAAUCUACCGGCGAAGGCCAAGCCCAGAGUGGCUUCCCCCUUACUACUGCUUCUUCUAAGGGCGUUGCUGUGCCUAUGCAAACCGCUGCUUGGGGUAUGCUUGGAGCUGCUAUCGCUGGUGGCAUUGCUGUUCUUUAA